UAUCUAGCUGUCUCUCUGAGGAGUCUGCACCAGGACCUGGGACGUUCAGGGCCUUCCACUCAGACACGAUGAGCACGAUGGUACCCUUCCUGCUGUCGCUCCUGCUUGUUGUGGGUCCUGCAGUCUCCCAGGACACUCAAAACAAUGCUUACUCUCUGAGCUUCCACUAUACCGGAGUGUCCAGGCCCGAGGCAGGCAUGCCUAGUUUUCAGGCCACUGGCUUCCUCAAUGACCAGGCCUUCCUCCACUACGACAGUAAAAGCAAAACGGCGGAGCCCCUGGGCCCAUGGAAACAGGUGGACGGAAUGGUGAACUGGGAGGAAGAAAGUCAAUUGCAGCAGGACAGGCAGGACAUCUUUAUGCAGACCCUGAGAGAUGUCAUGGGCUAUCACAGGGACAGAGGAAAUCACACCUUUAAGGGGACGUUCGGCUGUGAGAUUCGGAAUGACAGCUACUGCAGGUCAUUCUGGAAGUAUGCCUAUGACGGAGAGGACUACAUCGAGUUCAACACAGAAAUCCCGGCCUGGAUCCCCCUGCAACCAAAAGCUCUGAACACCAAGGUGAAGUGGGAGACAGAGGGCUCCGUGCAAGAGUCCAAGAAAUAUCUGGAAAUGGAGUGCCCUCAUCUACUACGCAGCUACCUGCAGUUCAGCAGGCCCUUCCUGGACCGGCAAGACCCUCCCUCUGCGUCAAUCACCAGCCACGUGACACUAGGACUUUCCAGGACCCUCAAGUGCGUGGCCUCCAACUUCUACCCACAGCCGAUCAAUCUGUACUGGACUCAGGGAGCCAAUGUGGUGGAGACUAAGUUGUGGGGAGACGAUCCCAUCAGUGAGAAUGGCACUUACCAGUCCUGGGAGCUGCUGAGAACCUUCUCCUUGGACAAAGGCCCCUACUCCUGCCACGUGCAGCACAGCAGCCUGGCCCAGCCCCUUAUUGUCACAUGGGAUGGGACUCAGUGACCAGGGGGCUAACAGCACCGCGGGGUCCGGAGACCAGUCGGCACCCUUUCAUGGGGACAUGAGGGAGAUGAGCUCUGGAAUGAGGCCCAAGAGGAGCGGCGAAGGGGACAGAGAGGUGGUGGGUUGGGAGACACGAGACCUGAGUGCUGGGCACUGAGCUGACUUGCUGCUACCUUCCUCUCAGAACCCAUUAUCUGUUCCGUGAAGUCUAAUCACACUAAUCAACUAGCCUAUACACAUGAUAACCCAGAUUAUUAAACUGCUCAAUGCUG